AUGACAGCCAUAGAAUCUGUCCUCCCACGUCCCUCACAGAUACGGCCUAUCCACACAUCCCGGCUCUUACUGCGGCCGUUCAAAUGGACCGACCUGGACAACUUUGUCAAACUCCGCUCAUCGCCCGAGGUUAUGCAGUGGACGCACCAGGGACGCAUUGACGAUUCACUUGACCAGACCAAGAAAUGGAUGCAACAAUUCAUCUUGUCAGACAAUGACGAGCGUCCGAUCGAGAACUAUAAUUUCGCCGUCUUCCUACGAAAUAACCGAGACGAUAAUGUACAGGAAACUGAAGAAGAGGGAUCGUUUAUUGGCGUGUGUGGAUUGACUGCUCUGAGCUCGCUGCCUGUUUCGCCGCGGCCUAUCUUUGGGUAUAUGUUCCUGCCAGAAACAUGGGGAAAGGGCUAUGGAACUGAAGCCGUGCGCGGGUUUCAGGAUGCAUGGUGGGAGAUGCUUGCAUCGCGCCUGGACCCUGCGGCUGUAGCAGAAGUAGGAAUAAUCCGUGCGGUGACGAUCGACGCGAAUCUUCCGAGUAUGAAUAUUCUGCGAAAAUGUGGUUGGGUUGUGGAUGAUACUGUCCCGGAACAGGAACGGAUUGUUCGCCCCACUGUACCCCCACAAAUGCUAAAAAUACAGGCUGCAUCGAGCCAAUCACGGCGGGGCAGGCUGUUGCUGGGGGAUGGCGACCCAGGUCCGUACAACAUCAUCCGUCGCAACCUCAUGUCGCUCCCACAAAGACCAGUCAACGCGCCGUCGUCGCGGCGCGAAGAAACUCAGCCAGGAUUCAGGGAAUCAUCGAGACGACGCCGCCGUGACAUCGAAUCCGGCACGUACACUGAUGUACCGCAAUCACCCUACUCUCCUACGUCUCCCAGGAGACACUCACAGCAACAUCGGCGUCAUGUCUCUCACUCAUCUGCCCGCGGUGCAGCACCAGCAGCUCCUCCGCCGGAGCCUCCUCUCGGACUGGGCAGGAAACGAUCGCUCGUGCGCCCAGAACGACGUCCGUUAGAUCCCGAUCAUCCGAACUAUCAUUACCAGCAGCAUGCACAGAACCUUAAUAUGGCUACGUAUCCCUCCACAACAGGCCACGAUCCCAUUCUGGAUACCCAUGCCGAGGCGGACACCGGAAGCACCGACAGCUCCCUCAAAACAGCCAACAAAGGUAGUCUGUACGGGGCCAAGGGCAAUCUCAACGAGCCGAUGGAACGAGUCGAAAGAGCGCCUAGUUCCCGCGACAAAAGAAAAAUCCAUCGAAAAAGCUCCAAGAAACGGGCAGUAUCACAAGAGAAGCGACAACAAAAAGCCCGAGAGCAAGCACGUCCUCCAAGCUUGUGGUACGCUUACUGUGCCUCGGUCACUUUCUGGGCUCCUGACUUUAUUCUGAAAUGUUUCGGGAUGCCUCAGAAAGAUCAGCGUCGUGCCUGGCGCGAAAAAAUGGGCUUGAUCAGUGUCAUUUUGCUAAUCUGUACUUUCGUCGGCUUCCUGACCUUCGGUUUCACCGCGGUCGUUUGUGGCUCUACCUCUGUCCGUUUGCAAGUCAACAAGGUCGACAGCGGCUACAUGAUCUUCCAUGGUGAAGCUUAUGACCUUUCCCAAUCCGAGCAUCCACCUGCUUUCGGUAUUACCGGGGGGGCCAACGUUUUGUACGACCUUGGUCAUAAAUACGGUGGCCAGGAUGGCAGUUUCCUCUUUCAAAAAGUCAACGGUGCUUGCAAGGACGUCAUCACCUUGGCCGAUGGCUCUGAUGUACCAACCAACAGCGACGGCGAUCUUGCCUGGUAUUUCCCCUGCCAGCCGUUCAACCAGGAUGGUUCGACCGCUCCCAACAAGACCAUUCCAAACUAUUUUGGGUAUUCUUGCCAUCUUUCAGGCGACGCGCGGGAUGCCUUUUACGGCCUGAAAUCUUCCGGCGAUGUUUUUUUCACUUGGGGAGACCUGAAGAACAAGAGCCGUGACCUCAUCGUGUACUCCGGAAACGUACUUGACCUGAGCUUGAUCGAUUGGUUCAACAGCACACAGGUCACAUACCCAUCCCUCUUCGACCAAAUACGAAACAACUCUGACAUUUAUGGUACUGAUGUCACGUAUGCAUUUCAAUCUUCGGAGGACAAGCGAAUUGCAAAGUGCCUCUCUCAAGUUAUUAAAGUUGGCUCCAUUGAUACCAAAACCAUUGGUUGCAUUGCUUCUCAGGUGGUGCUCUACGUGUCGCUUGUCUUCAUUUUGUCUAUUGUUGCCGCCAAAUUCUUCAUGGCCGUGAUGUUCCACUGGUUUAUCUCAAGGAAAUUUGCCCCGGAGCGCACGUCAAUGACAUCGGAUCGCAAAGCUCGUGCUCAACAGAUUGAAGACUGGACUGAUGAUAUUUAUCGUCCCGCUCCACGCCUUGCGGAAGCGCCGGUUCCUGAUCGCGAGCGUUUGAACAAACGUGCUAGCUUUUUGCCUACAACUUCUCGUUUCUCCAGCCCAUAUGCAGUUGCAAGUGGUACUGGCGGUAGGACUAGAGCCCAGCCAACUACAAUGGCUAGCCAAAACUCUACUUCUCGUCUUGUGCCCACGACAACUUCAGGUUCCAUGUACAGACUCGGCCAGAAUAGUAGCAACGGUACGUUGAGUGCCGACGCCAUAUCCCGCCACAACGACUCAGGCAGCAAAACUAGCUUGAUGAUCUCCCAAUCCGAUCAAAGACAUUCUACUCUUAUGGGCUCCAACGAAGGUCCCGCCGGAUUUAUCCAUGAAGCUGUUGUACCCCAGCCGCCACCAGAAUGGCAGCCCUUUGGCUUCCCCUUGGCUCAUACAAUGUGCUUGGUCACGUGUUAUUCGGAAGGUGAAGAAGGUAUUCGCACGACUCUUGAUUCGGUUGCUACGACCGACUAUCCCAACAGUCACAAAACGAUCAUUGUGAUUUGUGACGGUAUGAUCAAGGGUAAAGGUGAAGAGUUCGCUACUCCGGAAAUCGUCGUCGGCAUGAUGCAUGACUUUGUGGUACCCCCAGAGGAAGUCCAACCCUAUUCAUAUGUGGCUGUUGCCAGUGGUUCUAAACGACACAACAUGGCCAAGAUUUAUGCCGGUUUCUACGACUACGGACAAACGUCUAUCGUUCCUACGGAGAAACAACAGCGUGUACCGAUGAUGGUCAUUGUCAAGUGCGGCACUCCCGCAGAGGCCAAGCAGUCCAAGCCUGGAAACCGUGGUAAACGAGACAGCCAAAUCAUUCUCAUGUCAUUCUUGCAAAAGGUCAUGUUUGACGAACGUAUGACGGAACUGGAAUAUGACAUGUUCAACGGGCUAUGGAAUGUCACGGGCAUUUCACCAGAUUACUACGAAAUCAUACUAAUGGUCGACGCUGAUACCAAGGUUUUCCCCGAUAGUUUAACCCAUAUGGUUUCCGCUAUGGUCAAGGACCCUGAAAUCAUGGGUUUGUGCGGUGAAACAAAGAUUGCCAACAAAACCGACAGUUGGGUGACCAUGAUCCAGGUUUUCGAAUACUACAUCUCUCACCACCAGGCUAAAGCGUUUGAGUCUGUGUUCGGUGGUGUCACCUGUCUUCCUGGUUGUUUCUCCAUGUACCGUAUCAAGGCUCCAAAGGGUGGACAGAACUAUUGGGUGCCUAUUCUCGCGAACCCGGAUAUUGUGGAACACUAUUCUGAGAAUGUUGUCGAUACUCUGCAUAAGAAGAACUUGCUCCUCCUUGGUGAAGAUCGUUACCUGACGACGCUGAUGUUGAGAACGUUCCCCAAACGAAAGCAAGUUUUUGUUCCCCAGGCAGUGUGCAAGACGACUGUGCCGGACGAAUUCAAGGUUCUCCUGUCCCAGCGUCGUCGUUGGAUCAACAGUACAGUCCACAAUCUUUUUGAACUGGUGCUGGUGCGUGACCUGUGCGGUACAUUCUGCUUCAGUAUGCAGUUUGUUGUCUUUGUUGAAUUGAUUGGAACCCUGGUUCUCCCCGCUGCAAUUUCGUUUACCUUUUAUGUUGUCAUUGUGUCGAUUGUUAAAAGGCCGGUGCAAGUCAUCCCUCUGGUCCUUCUUGCACUCAUCCUGGGUCUUCCGGGUGUCCUCAUCGUCAUCACGGCGAAUCGGUUCGUUUAUGUACUCUGGAUGUUGAUCUACUUGAUCUCCCUCCCUGUAUGGAAUUUUGUCCUCCCAGUAUACGCAUACUGGAAGUUUGAUGACUUUAGCUGGGGUGACACACGAAAGACCGCUGGUGACACGGGCAAAGGAGGCCAUGGCGACGAAGAAGGCGAGUUUGACAGUAGUCAGAUUACUAUGAAGCGCUGGCGCGAUUUUGAGAAGGAACGACGGAUCAAGAUCAACUCUGUGCAAUCACCACAAAACCCACUGGCUCCUUCGGGAGGUUACACCUACCCCGGUGGCUACGAUACGUACUCGGACUAUUAG